UCCUGUGGCUGAGUCCGCGGCUAAGCGCGCUCCCGUGACUCGGCUCUCCGCACAGCGAACAUGGCGCAUCUGGCGCGGCGCGCGCUGCUCUUCCUCUGCCUGGCUGUCCCGUGCCACGGAGCCGAGAGACUCAAGACCAGAGGAAUCCGACAGAAGGACACCGACUACAUCGACAAAUAUGGAAGCUGCAUGCAGGGACCAUCGGGCAUCCCAGGCCGAGAGGGAAACCCAGGAGUAAACGGAAUCCCGGGAACGCCAGGAGUCCCGGGUCGAGAUGGAGCGAAAGGAGAGAAGGGUGAGUGUGUGACCGAGAGGUUCGAUGAGCCGUGGACACCCAACUACAAGCAGUGCGCCUGGAAAUCGCUCAACUACGGCAUCGACCUGGGCAAAAUCGCAGAGUGUACGUUUACUAAGUUGCGCUCGGACAGCUCACUGCGCGUCCUCUUCAGCGGCUCGCUCCGGCUCAAGUGUAAGACGGCCUGCUGUCAGCGCUGGUACUUUACCUUCAACGGAGCCGAAUGUUCCGGCCCGCUGCCCAUCGAGUCCAUCGUUUAUCUGGACCAGGGCAGCCCCGAGUUUAACUCCACCAUCAACAUCCACCGCACCACGUCAGUGGAAGGUCUGUGCGAGGGCAUCCGAGCCGGUCUGUUGGACGUGGCCAUCUGGGUGGGGACGUGCGGCGACUACCCACACGGCGACGCCUCCACUGGCUGGAACUCCGUUUCCAGGGUGAUCAUCGAGGAGCUGCCUAAAUGACCUCCGACCUCGAACACACACUUUAGCGCCUCCUUGUGAAACGGAGAUCGUUAGUUCCUCUUAUUAGUGUUACUGUAUAAGUCUCACUCAAUAAGUACUGUAGAAACAGCAUGACUUUUUCGGGUUAUAUUUUAGACAUUUUUAUAUAUGUAUUUUUUAAAAGAAUCCUGUAAAAUAAUCUUCCGCCUCAAAGUAUAUACGUACAAGUAAGUUUCUUCUUCUUAUU